GGGAGCAGGAAUAAAGCCGUUGUGCCGGGGCGGAUAGGGGGUGCGUACUCGCAGCGGCUGCGUGCUUGCGGACUUCCCGCCUGCCCCAAGCAGCCGGCCUCUCGGGCCAAGUGGCGAGCGAGCGGGCGCCGGGCGGGCAGGUGGCCCCGGGCCGCCGCGCCCGCGCCUUGGCUCUGCCCCCCGGGAGCCGAACGAGCCGCAGCUCCCUCGUGGUGUGAGGGCGGUGAUGUUUUUCCUCCCACCCACUUUUGAGUCCCCCCUCCCCCCUCGCACGCACUCUAGCUCUCGCCACAACCUGCGAGCCCCAGACCUCAGAGGAGCGCCCCGGGGAGCUCGGAGCGCGUGCACGCUUGGAAGACGGAGGAGGCCAGUGGCCAGCUUGAGUAUACUGGGCCCUGAAAGUUUUGAGUUGCCUUUUGCAGUGGCCAAAAUGAGAAAAAAGUGGAAAAUGGGAGGCAUGAAAUACAUCUUUUCCUUGUUGCUGUUCUUUCUUUUCCUAGAAGGAAGCAAAACAGAACAAGUAAAACAUUCAGAGACAUAUUGUGUGUUUCAAGACAAGAAGUACAGAGUGGGUGAGAGAUGGCAUCCUUACCUGGAACCUUAUGGGUUGGUUUACUGCGUGAACUGCCUCUGCUCAGAGAACGGGAAUGUACUUUGCAGCCGAGUCAGAUGUCCCAGCCUUCACUGCCUGUCUCCUGUGCAUAUUCCCCAUCUGUGCUGCCCUCACUGCCCAGAAGACUCCUUACCCCAAGCGAACAAUAGGGUGACCAGCAAGUCGUGUGAGUACAACGGGACCACUUACCAACAUGGUGAGCUAUUCGUGGCCGAAGGGCUGUUUCAGAACCGGCAACCCAAUCAAUGCACCCAGUGCAGCUGUUCGGAGGGAAAUGUGUACUGUGGUCUCAAGACUUGCCCCAAGUUAACCUGUGCAUUUCCAGUCUCUGUUCCGGAUUCCUGCUGCCGGGUGUGCAGAGGAGAAGGAGAAUUGUCGUGGGAACAUUCUGAUGGUGAUAUCUUUCGGCAACCUGCCAACAGAGAAGCAAGACAUUCUUACCACCGCUCUCACUAUGAUUCUCCACCAAGCCGACAGGCUGGAGGUCUGCCCCGCUUUCCUGGGGCCAGAAGUCACCGGGGAGCUCUUAUGGAUUCCCAGCAAGCAUCGGGAACCAUCGUGCAAAUUGUCAUCAAUAACAAACACAAGCAUGGACAAGUGUGUGUUUCCAAUGGAAAGACCUAUUCCCAUGGGGAGUCCUGGCACCCGAACCUCCGGGCAUUUGGCAUUGUGGAGUGUGUGCUGUGCACUUGUAAUGUCACCAAGCAAGAGUGUAAGAAAAUCCACUGCCCCAAUCGAUACCCCUGCAAGUAUCCUCAAAAAAUAGAUGGAAAGUGCUGCAAGGUGUGUCCAGGUAAAAAGGCAAAAGAAGAACUUCCAGGACAAAGCUUUGACAACAAAAGCUACUUUUGUGGAGAAGAAACGAUGCCUGUAUAUGAGUCUGUGUUCAUGGAGGAUGGGGAGACCAUCAGAAAAAUAGCGCUGGAGACCGAGAGACCACCUCAGGUAGAGGUCCAUGUUUGGACCAUUCGAAAGGGCAUCCUCCAGCACUUUCAUAUUGAGAAGAUCUCCAAGAGGAUGUUUGAGGAGCUCCAUCACUUCAAGCUGGUGACCAGGACAACCCUGAGCCAGUGGAAGAUCUUCACCGAAGGAGAAGCUCAGAUCAGCCAAAUGUGUUCAAGUCGUGUGUGCAGAACAGAGCUCGAAGAUUUGGUCAAGGUUUUGUACCUGGAAAGGUCUGAAAAGGGCCACUGUUAGACGAGACAGACAGUAUUGGAUAGGGUAAAGCAAGAAAACUCUAGCUGCAGCUGGACUGCAGGCUUAUUUUGCUUAAGUCAACAGUGCCCUAAAACCCCAAACUCAAAUGCAGUUAAUUAUUCACGCUAUGCACAGCAUAACUUGCUCCUUUAUGUGGAGUGGUGUGUCAGCCCUUAAACAUCUCCUCCAAAGAGGCUAGAAGAGUCUUGAAUUAUUUGUGGGAGGAAGAGGGAUAGAACACCACAACACUGCUCUAGUUUCUGGGCGAAUCACAUUUCUUUGCAGGUUAAAGAGUAAACAAAACCCCAGGGUUUCUCUCUAGAAAGUUAUUCCAAUGAAAGAAAGAGAAGGGAAUUGCUUAGUAGGAGUUCUGUAGUACAGAGAAAAUAUUUGUAUGAAAUGAUACUCUUUGAAUUUUAGAAUGUUUUGUGUUUUUUUAAAAAAUUAACUCCCCAUCCUCACAUACACAGACACACACUAAACUACAGCCUUCCUUCUGAGGCAAGGCUAGUGUAGACUCUCCCUUUCUUUCCCUUGUCUGGCUCCCAAGUAGCUUGGAGGUUGUUGGCACCCAGGAAGAUAAAUAAGUAAUUGUGAGCAGAAGGCUCUGCCCUGGGGUCUUGGUGUAACUGUUGAAGUCACCACCUAUAGUGGCAGGGUGAAGAAUAAGAACACCAUUUGAUGGCUGCAUUCACUUUGAAGUGGUAAAUAACUUUUCCCUAAUGAUACCGCUCCUCUUUUUUUCCUGAACCAAUGGGGCUGCCAUCAAGAAGUUAAUAUUGGAUGAAACUUGCAGAAACUGAAUCCAUAUAAGAAAAUAAUUGUUGAAGAAAGGAGUUGAUAGAAGUCAACAAGGCCAUCUUUGUGUUUUCAAGUCAAUAAAACUCACCAAUUAAUAGCUCAAUAUUCACUAAUUUUCUUGGGGCCGUAGUUUUCUAGUCCAAACACUUAGGUUUAAUGAUUAAAUUCUAGAAGCUCCUUAAAAGGGCAGUUUCCCUUCUUCCCCAAGCAUAGGAGUUGAUUUUUACUUUUGCAAAGGGACUCAGUCCUCACAAGCUUCUGAAUGUUGACUCUUUAGUUAGGAGAAGUAUUGCUCUUUUGGGGAGAUGGGAAUUCUGAUGAAGAUCUUUAUCCUAAGCCUUCCUACCAUUCUCUUGUCAUCCACCAAGCAUAGAUUUGAAUCAUGGAUCCUAGAGAAGGCUGCUCCAAAGAAUGUCUAUUUGCAGCCCAAUACCAGAGCAUAAAUUAUUCAUUCUGUGGCCUGGCUUUAGAAAUCAUCUUGGUGGGACAACUAUAAAUUUUCCACAGCAAGGAUCUCAAGCCUACCUUCUAGAUGUAUCUCCUCUGAGGAGCGUGAAUGAAGUCUAGUAUUUAGAAAUAUUAAGGACCCAGAAUUCCUGUAUUUCCCACUCCAUGACCAUAGGUGAGAGGAACAUUUUUUUCCUCGAGUAUUUGACACCAAUAGGGAAAAAUGUAAAAGGUACAGUCUUUAUGGCAACCUGGCACAAAGGAGUCUGUUCUCAUAAAGGAGACACUGGAGCCCUGUGGCCAGGCCCUUCAUGGGACAAGCCUCUCACUCCCUCACACCCAUUCUCCUUGGGAAAGGGAAGUAGGACAUCCAGGGUUGAAAGGCUACGGAGCAUUAUUGGGGGGAAGGGUGUUAAGUAGCUGCUGCCUCCCGCCCCGAGGUGGCAGUAUUUCCAUAGUGUGGGAAUAACCGGAUCCUGAAGCAAAAGCUGAUUUCCCCUUCUAGAUGACUCACCCCAAAGCCUUCCCACCCAGGUGUUCUCUGAAAGCUCAACCUUAAGGGAACACCCAGAGAGUUUCCCUAGAUAGACUCCUGCCCCCAGGUGCUAGGACACACCUUUACAAAGUACUGUGUGAAGCAGGAGCUAGGGAGCUGUGCUAGGCCAACGUAGAAACCCUCCAGUGCUUGGUGUUGUGUAGGGAGUAGGACAUAGGGAGAAGAGGCCAAGCAGCCUGUAGUUGGUAGCAAGGAAUGGAUGUGGUUCUUCUUGUGUAUUUAUUUGUGUCAUAAACACUUGGAACAACAAAGACCAUCAGCACCAUUUAGCAGUUGUAGUCAUUUGUAGUUAACUCAUGUAAACAAGUAAGAGUAACAUAACAGUAUUACCCUUUCACUCUCCUUACAGGACAUGUACCUAAAUAUGGUACUUAUUUAUGUAGUCACUGUACUUCUGGAUUUUUAAAUUAAUAAAAAAAUUAAUUUUGAAAAA